AUGGACAAAACUAAAGCAUGUUUCAUAUUUUAUAUUUAUAGUUUAAAAGAUUAUAAUAAUAACAAUAAAAUUAUUAAACAUUUAAUUUCUUGUUAUUUACAAGUUACAAAUAAUAAUGGAAAUACAGAAGAUCUUGAUCAUGGUAGUCAAACAAGUUUCAAUACAGCAAGAGAGAUAUUAAAAGAAUCUAUUAAACAUGACCAACAAAUAAAUAUUAAACCUGCCAAAAUUAAUUGCAACACUUCAGCAGAAAUAAAUGGUAUUAAGGAAAAACAUUGCACAAAUAUUCAAUAA